UCUUUGCUACUGUUCUGCAUUUUAUGGCCGUGCUUGGGCAUCGCAAUGCUCUUGUUCUGCCAAUAAAGACUGAAACAGAUAGAGAGUGAGAGAGAGAGAGAGAGAGUGAGAGAGAAAGGGAGAGGGGAGGGCUGUGCCUCGCAGUGAGAGAGAGAGUGUGGUGGUGGGAGCGGUCUGCUCUUCCUCAUCAGACUCCUUGUAACCCUCCGUGCUGGAGGAGCGAGGAGGAACCUCUCCUCUGUUUGUUUUGCCCUCUCUCUGCGGACGCACGGAUAAUACCACACCACGGCUGGGAAGAUGGUUUUUCUGCUGCUGCUGCUGCUGCAUAUGCUUACCCUUUACACUCUGAGCGUCUUUAGCGGAGCAUCCGCCGCUACUCACUAUAAUUGCAAUGGUCCUCUGGUAGCCACGUUGCCCCAUUCAUCCUUUCAGAGCUCCUCUCAAUCCUCGGUCAGUUAUGCUGCUUACAACGCCAAGCUCAACAGAAGAGAUGGGGCGGGAGGCUGGUCUCCCAUGGUGACCGACCAAGAGCCCUGGCUCCAGGUGGACCUCAGGGAGCAGAUGGAGGUGACGGCCGUGGCCACGCAGGGUCGGUAUGACAGCUGGGACUGGGUCAGCAGUUACUUGCUUCUCUACAGUGACACAGGGCGGGCCUGGAAACAGUAUAGGCAUGAGGACGGUGUAGGGAGAUUUGUCGGGAACGUGAAUUCGGAGGCCGUUGUCCAGAACAAGCUGUCCCAUCCAGUGAGGACACGUUUCCUCCGUUUCGUCCCUCGCGACUGGAACCCCAGUGGCUGGAUGGGCCUCAGAGUGGAGGUGUACGGCUGCUCCUACAAGUCAUACAUGGCAGACUUUGACGGCAGAAGCUCCUUGCUGUAUCGGUUCAACCAAAAGUCCAUGUCAACGGUAAAGGACGUGAUCUCUCUCCGGUUCAGGAGCCAUCAGGCAGAGGGUGUUUUACUGCAUGGAGAGGGACAGAGAGGAGAUUACAUCACCCUGGAGCUACACCAAGGAAGACUGGACCUCUACCUCAACUUAGACGACAGCAGGCUGAGGUUCAGCAGCGGCCGUGUUGCAGUCAGUGUGGGCAGUCUGCUGGACGACCAACACUGGCACUCUGUUCACAUUGAGCGCUUCAAUAAGCAAGUUAACCUCACAGUGGACUCCCACACACAGCAUUUCCAAACCAAAGGAGAAGGACACUCGCUGGAGGUGGACUACGAGCUGAGUUUUGGAGGCAUCCCGCUGCCUGGUAAACCUGGCACCUUUUUGAGGAAAAACUUCCACGGCUGCAUGGAGAACCUCUACUACAACGGAAUCAACAUCAUCGACCUGGCAAAGAGACGAAAGCCACAGAUACACAGCGUGGGCAAUGUGACCUUCUCGUGUUCGCAGCCCCAGCUGGUGGCCUGCACCUUCCUGAGUUCCAGCAGCAGCUUCCUGUCGCUUCCGUCAGCAGCAUCUGCCACAGGGGGUUUCUCUGUUCGCUUCCAGUUCAGGACGUGGAACCCAGACGGGCUGCUACUCUUUGUGCAGCUGAGCCCGGAGCCCCAGAGACUGGUGCUGCAGAUCAGCAACAGCCGGCUGUACCUGACCCUCCACAGCUCGGGACGACAGAAAUCAGAGGUCUCUGCUGCCACAUCAGUCAAUCUAGCUGUUCACAGCGGACGCAGAGUGGAACAGACUUGCAGCAAUCCUGAGACACUUAAAACUGGAGUCAACACUACGCCUACCAGUCACAGAGUCAACAACGGUCUGUGGCACUCUGUGAGUCUUGACACUAAGAAUUUACAAAUCACUUUGACUGUGGAUGGUGAGCCGUCCUCCGCUAUUGAACUGUGGGAACAACUGGAAUCGAGAGGCAACUUUUACUUUGGAGGCUGUCCCACCACAGACUGUCAGCACCUGACUCCGGCCUUCCAGGGGUGCAUGCGGCUCAUAUUCAUCAACAGGCAGCCGAAGGAUCUCAAUCAAGCACAGCAAGGAUUGCUGGGCAAUUAUAAUGAGCUUCAGUUUGACACCUGCAAUAUAAGAGACAGAUGCCUUCCCAACCUGUGUGAACAUGGAGGCCGCUGCUCUCAGACGUGGAGCUCCUUCUCCUGCGACUGUUCAGGAACAGGAUACUCCGGAGCCACCUGUCACAACUCCAUCUACGAGUCAUCUUGUGAGGCCUACAAGCUGAUUGGCAGCUCCUCUGGCUUCUACUCCAUUGAUCCAGAUGGGAGUGGUCCCCUGGGGCCCACACAGGUAUACUGCAACAUGACAGAGGAGAAGGUAUGGACGGUGUUGGCGCACAAUAGCACGGCUCCAGUCACAGUCCAGGGCUCCUCUCUUCUCAAACCUCACAUCAUGAAGUUCAACUACAGUGCCUCAGCAGAAGAACUUCAAGCCAUCGUAUCGGGGUCAGAGCAGUGUCAACAGGAAGUGGUUUACGACUGCAAGAGGUCCCGCCUCUUUAAUACAAAAGAUGGCAGUCCGCUGUCCUGGUGGCUGGACCGGGAAGGAGAGAGACGGAGCUACUGGGGAGGCUUCCUGCCUGGAGUUCAGCAGUGCUCCUGCAGCCUGGAGGAGAACUGCAUGGACAUGAACUACUUCUGUAACUGCGAUGCUGAUACAGACACAUGGGCUAAUGACACAGGAGUCCUCUCCUAUAAAGACCACCUACCAGUGAGCCAGAUAGUCAUUGGAGACACCAACAGAACGGGCUCGCAGGCCGUCUACCACAUCGGCCCUCUGCGUUGUUAUGGAGACAAGUCUAUAUGGAACGCAGCGUCUUUCUACCAAGAGUCCUCCUAUCUCUACUUCCCUACCCUACAGGCUGAGCUCGCGUCUGAUAUCUCUUUCUACUUCAAGACUAGUGCUCCUUCAGGAGUGUUUCUGGAGAACCUGGGCCUCAAGGACUUCAUCCGAGUGGAGCUCAGUUCUCCCUCGGCGGUGACUUUUUCCUUUGAUGUGGGAAACGGUCCGGUGGUGCUGUCAAUGAAGUCCCACCUCCCUCUGAAUGACAGACAGUGGCACUACGUGAGGGCAGAGCGCAAUGUGAAGGAGGCCUCCCUGCAGGUCGACCAGCUCCCCCUACGCUUCCUGGAGGCUCCAGCUGACGGACACCCCCGCUUACGGCUCAGCAGCCAGCUGUUUGUAGGGGGAACAGCAUCUCAGCAGAGAGGCUUCCUGGGCUGCAUCAGGACACUGACCGUCAACGGCGUGAGCUUUGACCUGGAGGAGAGGGCCAAGAUGACGCCCGGGGUGAGCUCAGGUUGCCCCGGCUACUGCAGCGGCUCCAGCAGCCUCUGCCACAACAGAGGCAGGUGCAUUGAGAAGAGCAAUGGCUAUGUGUGCGACUGCUCCCAGUCGGCUUACGGGGGAACUACCUGCGACCAAGAGGUGUCAGUGUCCUUCGACAUGGAGUCCUCAGUGACCUACACCUUCCAGGAGCCCUUCUCAGUGAUGCAGAACAGAAGCUCGCAGGCCUCCAGUGUUUCUACAGAAAGCAGCAGCAGGGCCAGAGAGGACGUGGCCUUUAGCUUUGUCACCUCCCAGAAGCCGGCCAUGCUGCUGACCGUCAGCACCUUCAACCAGCAGUACAUCGCUGUCAUCCUGGCCAAGAACGGGAGUUUGCAGAUCUGGUAUCACCUUCAGACAGACAGGAGUCCAGACGUGUUCAGCCCCGCCCUCAAUAACCUGGCAGACGGACGACUCCAUCGAAUCAGAAUCCACCGGGUGGGCAAAAACCUCUAUGUACAGAUCGACCAGGACAUCCACACAAAGUACACACUGUCAUCUGAUGCAGAGCUGAUCUUAAUCAGAUCCCUGACAUUGGGCAAAGUCACGAGGAGGGAGAACUUCAAUGAGAAAGUAAUGGAAGCAGCCUCUAAAGGUUUCAGUGGCUGCCUGUCUUCGGUCCAGUUCAAUCACGUGGCACCACUGAAGGCGGCGCUGACAAAUCGAGGAAGUUCACUGGUCACCAUCCGUGGUCCACUGGUCCAGUCAAAUUGCGGUGCACUGGCAGAGUCCACCUCACACACACUGCAAGAUCAAACUGUUACAGCGAACAAAGACAAGGAGAAGCAUGGCAACGGCACCCAGAAAGAUUUGGCUGUAAUAGCAGGUGUGGUCACAGCGGUGGUCUUCAUCGCUGUGUGUGCUCUGGCUGUGAUAAGCCGCCUCCUCUACCAGCAGCGGCGGGCCCAGAGGAGCAGCAGCAUCAAAGAGGAGACCAGGCACAGCGUGUACACAGACUACAGGACAGAGCUGCACCUCCACAACUCAGUCAGGGACAACAUGAAGGAGUACUACAUCUGACUGCAGCGUGCGCUCUGUGGACCUAAGACACAAACUUACCUCUCUCUUUUAAAGGACUAACAGGUGGACGUGCAGCUGCAGGAUUUCUCACAACUACUACUAAACAUCGCUGUGCCCUGGAAGUAUCUCAGGAACACUGCAAAAGCCUGUAGCCUGCAGUCCACUUUCUUGAUGCUCCAGUACAAGCAAGUGGCUGAAUCUCUACAGCUGUUAGUGUAAUUGAUGUUGGUGAAACUGUCAGAAUCAAGCUGCUGUGGUUUCCGUCGUUGCAAAUUGUGUAAAGCAAAAGAUCAGUGUCCUGCAGUGGUGGACAGAGGGACGAGUGCAGUGAGCGGAAGCUGCCGUCCAUCCUGAAAGCGCACAACUUACAACGCUUUGUUUGAAACCCUCGAACGCUGAAUAUUUCAGUGGGACUCACUAAAUUGUACUUGCAAGUCAGGAAAUGUAGGCCAGGCCUGUAAGAUAUGCGUGCAUUCGCUGCUGUCUUUGUUUUGUCAGUGGUGUUGAAAGUUGUAGAAGAAGAAAUGGGGACAAUACUGCCUAUACUGUAUGAGUGCCUAAUUUGCAUACAAGUUUUUAUUUUGACAUUUUAGAAGUUAUUCAUGUGAUUUGCACAAAAGCAGUCGCAUUUCCUGUACAUAGAGAUGAGCUUACUGUCUUUCAGUUCUGUAACCCACACUACAUAGAAUAAAAGGACAUUUGAAUUUCCCAGUCAUGCACAACAUCUUCUGGUUGACCAUUACUAUGAAGUGACUCUCAGUAAUGUUUCUUUCACCAAGCUGUUUUCUACUGCACUGUUUGAAGUAGCAUGGGAAUUAAAUCCAGGAAGUUGUAAUCGUUUGUUAACUGGGUACGUACUAGAUCCGUAACUUUCAACACUUUCAAGUGUUUCAGGUUUUCAAGUGUAGUCCCUAAGAAAGCUUUGUACACCAUUCAAGCCACAUAUACUUAGUUGUAGGCAAUAUUUAGCUGUUGGCUUGUGAAAUCAUUUUUUUUUCCCAUAUUAGUUUAAUUGUGCUUACUCUACUUGCAUAAAAAUCCAAAAACAUGUGUUUAUUGUAUCAUGAGUAGCAGAAAUAGGAAAUUGAUGGAGAGGAUUAUAGUAUUUAAAUACAAAGCGGGCAUCAACACCGACUAUCUACCAAACUGCAGUUGAAAAUCUUGCCAAACUUUGCAAGCAGCCAAUAAUAGUAUCUACAGGCUACAACACACUAUACAGGCAUUGGUAUAUACAGAUUUGGUAAACCACAAAGCUCCCAAGUGGUAUCUCUGGUGUUCUUUGGCAAAUGGGCAACAGUUUACUAUGGACAGUAAGUGUGAAACUGGUUUAACCAGCAUGAAAGUCGAGUUUGCAGUAAUAAGAAACAAUCACAGCAGCAGGUUUGUCAGGGCUUGUACAGCUAUAGAAAGCCCUUGGGUUAAAUGUGUCCGUCACAACCCACUCUACUAUACUUUGUCACAGUACAUGAGUGAUUUGUACCACCGCUUAAAGAUUGUAAUGCUCAGUUGCUAGCUUGGUUUCAAGUAUGACGUACCAGUGUAGACCCACCAACUGAAAAAGUACAAAAGUUACGCUUGUUAUUUAUUUUGCAGCGCUAUUCAGCAGUGCUUGGAGCUAAUCAAGAAAAAGACCACUAUGUUACCUUGUUUAUUUAUUUAUUAUUUGGAUUAAAGGAAUAAGUGAUGUCUUAUAUAUAUUUUCAAUCAGAGUAUAUAUUACACUGGUUGAUCCUAAGAAAAAAUCCAUACACACAAACAAGACAAAAUGUCUAGAGCCAACCCAGUGGUCUUGUGAGUCUGCAUACACCUUCAAAUUACAGCAAAGCAUGGAUGGAAAAUCUAAAUAUUUUGACCUGAAGGUGGUGUCAGUGGAAAAGCAAUGUUACCUAAAUUUCAAAAUUGGCUUGUCAGACUCAGCUCUACAUGAUCUGAUUCAUUAUCCAUGAUCCUUGGCUUCAGCUGCUCUUAGGCAGGUUAGAUGUAUUUGUCAGUUGUACUUUGAGCUUAACAUAAUGGAUAAGCCCAAAGAAAAGCUGAAUCUGAGGCUGACAGGAAUGUGAUAUUUGUUUUUCCUCCGUGUGUUGGACAAGUCAAUGUAAUUCAUCCUCUUGGGAUCAUUAAUGUACGAAAUUUCGAGGAAAGCAAUCGAACAAUUGUGAAGAUAUUUAACAGAUUCCAAUUUUUGGGACUGAUGGAUGGAAAGACCGACGGAAAGACUGACAAACAAUAUCGCCCUUCCUGGAGCCCCACCGCUACCAAGGCUAAAGAUUACAUGACUGAAAGUGAGAGUGGCAUGGUCAAAAGAUAGGGUCUUGAGCCACUGGACCCCAUCUGUGCAUGUCCUUGUUAUGUCUCAAGAUGUGAUCUCUAGUAUCAGUGAAUGAAUACAUACCUCUCAGAGUGUUUUGGUUAUAUUGCAAUGGAUAAUAUCAUGUGGUUACUUCUUAAAUGAUUUGUAUAGCUGCGGUUUUAUUAAGGAUCUAUUGUAUAGAUGUAUAAUUUAAUAAUAAAAGUGAAUAUAUUGUUAA